CUAGGAGAGUGUCUUCCCAGCGCUGCCUCUGUACCACUUCUUACAUGUACUCUGUGAGCACGAGCUGCACCUAUGCUGCCAAGGUUGUGCCUGGGUCUCUGCUUCUUCUUCUUCUGUCAGAUCUACCCUGCCAAACCUGAUUCCGAAGAAACAUGCCAUGAAUUCACAGAUCUAAACUUACCUCAUGCCAUUGUUGGGACUGAUCUUCACCUGCAAUUGUUAAUAUACACAAGAGACAAUGCAAACUGUGCAGGGGACCUUAACAAAGAGAAUACCACGGCUUUCGAGAAGUAUUGGGAUGCUUCCAGAAAGACUAUUUUUAUCACUCAUGGGUACAGACCGACCGGGUCUCCUCCGGUGUGGAUAGAUGAAAUUGUACAAAAACUGCUCUCUGCCGGUGAUUUCAAUAUAAUCGUAGUGGAUUGGAACCGAGGAGCCACAACUCUCAUCUAUCACAGUGCUGCCGGGAAAUGCAGGAAAGUUGCGGAAAUAUUGAAAGAUCACAUUGAUAAAAUGUUGGACAACGGAGCAUCGCUGGACUCCAUCUAUAUGAUAGGAGUCAGCCUCGGGGCGCAUAUUUCUGGUUUCGUUGGGAAAAUGUACAAUGGUUCACUUGGCCGAAUAACAGGACUGGAUCCUGCUGGACCUUUAUUCAAUGGGAAAUCGCCUGAAGACAGAUUGCAUUAUAGUGAUGCAAAGUUCGUAGAUGUCAUCCAUUCUGACAUUGAUGCUUUAGGCUAUCGGGAAAAUUUAGGACAUAUUGAUUUCUACCCAAAUGGAGGAACUGAUCAGCCCGGGUGUCCUAAGACCAUAUUGUCAGGUUCAGAAUAUUUCAAGUGUGACCACCAGCGGUCCGUGUUUCUGUACAUGUCGUCCCUAAAUGAGUCUUGCGGCGUGGUGACGUUUCCCUGUAAUACUUACAAAGAUUAUAGGAUUGGAAAGUGUGUGGAUUGUGAGAUGUUUGCUCCUCUUAGCUGCCCAGUUUUAGGUUUUUAUGCUGAUAAGUGGAAAGAUUAUCUGGUGGCGAAGAAUCCUCCAGUGACGAAAGCUUUUUUUGACACGGCUUCGAUGAAACCAUUUUGCAUAUUUCAUUAUUUCUUGGACUUCAUCACUUUAAAUGAUAAACCACGUAGUGGGUUUAUUACCAUCAAGCUUGAGUCCCCAUCAGGAAAUGUCACGGAAUCAAAGCUUGAUCAAGAUGCUACCACAUUUGAACAAAAUAAUGAAGUUACCUUGCUGGCCAAGUUUCAUCAGGAGCUUGAAGAGAUUUCAAAAGUUUCUCUAAUGUUUACCACCGGUUCUAUUGUUGGACCAAAACACAAACUACGAGUUCUAAGGAUGAGGCUCAGAUCUUCCUUUAAUCCAGACAGGGAAAUACUCUGCCGAUAUGACUUUGUCCUUCCUGAAAAUGUUGAAGUGGAUUUCCGGCCUGUUUCAUGUCAAAAAUCAAAUUUUUUUUCUUCCUGUUGUGGGGCAAAUGGAAAUACAUGCCCUGCCCUCUUACAUCCGAAAUAGUGAAUGCACUUACAGAUGGUAUAAACUUCUAUCAAAACGAAGAUGCAAUCAUUACUUUAGCCUUUGAAUCCUGGAAUCCUGGUUUCCAUUAUAUUCAUGAUGGCAAUGUCUAAUCGUCAAAUGGUGGACAGGAAGGACCUGCUGAUUUACAAUGGGUUCUGUUGGGUUUCAUGGUGGUGUCCAAAGUUUUGACAGUAAGAAUGGAGUAACAUCCUGAACUGUCUUUCUGUCAGACAGACCUGUGAUCGAGGCCCCAGGCUCUCUAACUGUAAUGUGAACAUGGCCUAACUCUACAAUAACUAUGGACAGUCCUUUUCCAGGCUGAGCUAUAUUCAAGGACACUACAAUAAGAGUGUGGUUAUGGCAAGGAUUUAGCCAUUUCCUAUAUUUUUUACUUCUGUUAACAAUGUGAAAAGUACUUGUAAAUGUAAGUGAUUUUGCUAAUAUAAUAUAGAAUAUUUGCUAAAAUGUUAUUUUUUUAUUUUUGAUCAUAUGAAGUAAAUUGAUAGAAGUAAUUUUGCUUUCAGUACAUAUGCUCUGCCCACAGAUUAAAAAAUAUAUAUAUUUUUUUUACCGUAGAUUUUUUUUCAGCCUACUGUUUGUAAUAUGUCUACCUCUGCAUUUCAUGUAAUGAAUGUAUAUUGUACAGCAUGUUUAUGUGUGUGUAUUCAUUGUAUAUAUGUAUUUUUUUAAUUACAACUGUGUCAGCAAUGUAUUUCUCUGUACAGCAGUGGUUCUAAAUCUUUUUUGCCUGAGUACCCCUUGACAGCCCAUUCCCAAAAAAUUGUACCCCCAUAUUAGAGACAUUUUGGAAUUGUUGAGAGCCACGGUGAAUGGCGGGACCACGGGGUGUAGUGGUGUAGGUGGAUGGGGCAGAUCAUAUUAACCCCAGGGGCAAGAUGUUAUCAGCCCCUAAUGUUCGUGAUGCCACAGUGGUUUUUGGGUAUCGGGAACCACCCAAACGAUAUCAACAAUAUCUCCACUAUCCCAAUGGCUAGGCAGUGAAAUGAGUCCACGACCAGGUUAUGGUUUAACGGAGGCUUUCCUGAGGUCAAACAGUUGUUAUAGUCUCUACAGCUAGGCCAGAAUCCCAGAGAGGUUGCCAGGAACAU